CACCCAAGCAUCAAGGUGAGGAAAACAAGUCAGGGAUCUUAUAUUUCAAGUUUCUUGAUGAUGCCUAAAGAAGUUGAAUCCGGGGCUGAAUUUGAAUAUAGCUAUUGAUGUUUAUCUUUUUUCCUUUUGGCAGAUGUGAAUUGUAUGUUCAGGUUAUUUGAGCUGUUGAUUGGCUAUGACUUUGACUAUGAUGAAUACCACAGGUAAAUGAAGGGGAUGGUGCAUUUUACAGACCAAAGAUAGAUACCAAUGUAUCUGAUGCAUUGAACAUGAAGUUUCAGUGUGCAACAUUACAGAUUGAUUUUCAGCUACCUGCUCGCUUUGAGCUGUAUUACUCAGCAGAGGGUGAAGAAGGCAAGAAGGAGGCACCUGUUAUGAUACACAUAGCCAUUUUCGGUUCUGUUGAGCGUUCUCUAGCAAUAACAGUGGCAAAUCCAACUGAUCUUGUAAAAGUUAGACUUCGAGCUGAGAAAAAAUUGCCACCAGGCGCACCAAGGCGCUAUUCUGGCACAUUGAAUGCAUCUUCCACCAUCUUGAGACAGGAAGGAGUUGGGGUUCUCUGGACUGGAAUUGGACCUAACAUUGCAUGUAAUGCUAUGAUUAAUGCUGCUGAACUAGCUAGAUAUGAUCAAGUGAAGCAGACACUUCUGAAAAUUCUCGGGUUAAAGGCAAUGUUGUCACUCAUCUUUUUGCUGGUCUGGGGAGUUUGUUUUGGCAGGUCAGUGUGGAUUAAAGAUGGGCAGAUCUGGUACCUCUCCCUUGACAAUAAUGUAGGGUAUAGGUUUCAAACGAAACAGAUGUACUGAUUUGGUUGGUUUAGCAUGAAGCUCAAGUUGGUUGGAGGUGACUCUGCUGGCGUUGUGACAGCUUACUAUGAAGAGUGAUCCCAGUGAGUUUGGUUUACAGCUUUGGGACUCUAUUGCUCGAUAUGCUCAGUGGCAAACAUAUUCCCCCAAGCUUCGAAAUUGAGCUUUGGGACCCUUGUUCUUCUUCAAAAGGAAACUUCGUUGAAGCAAAAAGAUAUUAUAUCAGCUUUUGAUUCAUAUGUAGCUAUAGCUAGGAAUGCUUUCUUGUUUGGUACAUUAUUUGGUUACUUGAAUGUAUGGAUUUUUGAAAAAUGGUAAUUGAAAUGAUAUUGAUCAGAGUACU